AGAGAAUCAACACACAAGUUCAUUAGUAAGACCUAUGGAUUUGAAAAAUUCCAACAUAUAUUACAUUUAUUUCAGUUCAUGCAGCUUUUAGCUAUGUGUAUUUCUUGGCUAUGUAGACAGCUUCCUGUUUUGUCUCAUGCAAUGGUUCAAAGUUCUUAUUUCUGAACCUUGCCUUCUCUUUUCCUGUUUACUAAGUAGCUCUGGGAAAAACACAGUCAGAUUGUUUAAUUUGUGAACCAUACAUCUUUGUUUUUGUCUUCAAGGCACCUUUGAUCACCACCAGGGGGCAAAAGCCUACCAGCUGGCCUCUGCAAUACGCUCUGUAUAGGACUGUACAGUACAGGGACCCUCAGUGUCUGAUUCUUGAUGGAACCUCCCUGCUAAUUAUUUCAACCACAGGGCCCCAGGGAGAGAACAAAGGGCUCAGCACAGAGGACUCUUGUGGCACUUAACCGUACAGCAGCCAGAAAGAGCUCAUGACAGCCCUGUCAGUUUAAAAGGAGCAAUGAGAUCCAAGAGUGUUUGAGUGACAAACAGGAGGAGGUGGGUUUCAAUAACUGCAAACUCCAGUGUGUGUGCUUUCUUCAGCUUUGAUAUGUAUGGUGGUAUUUACCAGCACAUCCACUCAAAUUGAGGGUUACCUUUGUCAACUCUCCUUCUCUGGCUAAAUAAUCGACGUUAUUUACAUUGUGCGAUUUUUUUUUCCCUUUUCAAUCUUUGAUUUUCCAUUACAUUCUUGGCUUAUGUUCUGCUGACAGUUUACCUUUCAGAAAAGGAUUCCCUUAGAAUAUUUUUUAAUCUACAUUUUCCCAUCCAUCUAUAAAAUAGGAGACGAAGCAGAAGAAAACUCAAGGAGCAAAUCCUAUUGAACUAAGAAUUUCUUCACAGCAGGAAGCAAGUGGAAGGUAAAUAGUAGGUUGGCCCCGUACAACUCCGUGAGCCCAGCUUUCUCGGAUUCCCGGGCACGCUCAGCUUCUCUUCACCUCAGGAAUAAUGAAUGAGUCUUUGGAUAAGUUGAUAGAGGAAGUAGGAGGUUACCACGAAGAUUUCCAGGGUGUAAAACUGACAAUCGUUGUUUCGUUCAAAAAGUCUCAUCGUAAAACAUGCACAGAAGGCUGGGAAAACUCAGAACAAGCCCCUGAGACCGGGGUGCAAGGCUCCCAGCCACCUCCACGCCCCGCGAAAGCGUCGGAAGCCCUGCGAGCCCUUUGCUACCAGAAAACGUGUUUGCCUUGGGAUUUCCACGCUCACGCUUUUUUUUUCUAAGGUUGGUUAAUCCGUGCGCCCCACCUCAUAAAAUGGUCGUCUUUCAAGAGUGAGGAUUCCCGCGGCCCCCAGCCCUGGCACCGCUCACCCAGCGUGCUCCCCUCGGCCCUUUCCUCCACUCCACCUCACCGCACCCCGCGCGGACCAGCGGCGUGACUCCAGCGCCAAGGAGGAAACCGGCCGGAGGGGGCGGCGGCCCGCGGCGCACGCACUCGGCAGGCUUCCGGCAACUCAAGGGUUACGACCAGGCGGCGGCGCGCGCCGAGGGGAGAGGCGGUUGCUGACAGGUGGCGCCUGCGCACUGGGAACACUCAUUGUGCCCCGCAGCUGCCGAACCGCCCGCCAGCCCGCCUGCCGCCUGUUCGGCUCGUCAGCCCGCGAGAGUCCGGUGGUGGGUGCUGAGUCUGCGGCCGUUCCCGCGUCUUCUUCCUUCUUUCCGUUCCCUCUCACCCCUAUCCUGCUCCCCUUUCCCCAUCCCGGCUCCGUCACCCUCCCGCCCCCCACACUCUUGACGAGAAUGCCCUGCCCGGAACAACCCAGCAGCGCCUAGAUGGCUUUGGUCACGGUCCAGCGGUCGCCUACCCCCAGCACCACCUCCAGCCCCUGCGCCUCGAGCUCUCAUUUGGAUGACAGUGAAUCAGCAGCAUUACUUUGCUAUGAAUAUGAAGAAUCAGAAAUCUUUAAUGAUUCCAAUGAGGCAGACAGUGGGGAAGAGGAAUGCCGAUCACAGCCUAGGAGCAUCAGCGAGAGCUUUCUAACUGUCAAAGGUGCUGCCCUUUUUCUGCCACGGGGAAAUGGUUCAUCCACACCAAGAAUCAGCCACAGGCGUAACAAGCAUGCAGGUGAUCUCCAACAGCAUCUUCAAGCAAUGUUCAUACUUCUCCGCCCAGAAGACAAUAUCAGGCUGGCUGUAAGACUGGAAAGUACUUACCAGAACCGAACACGCUAUAUGGUAGUAGUUUCAACUAAUGGUAGACAAGACACUGAAGAGAGCAUCGUUCUAGGGAUGGAUUUCUCCUCUAAUGACAGUAGUACUUGCACCAUGGGCUUAGUCCUGCCUCUCUGGAGUGACACUCUAAUUCAUUUGGAUGGUGAUGGUGGGUUCAGCGUAUCAACAGACAACAGAGUUCACAUAUUCAAACCUGUAUCUGUGCAGGCAAUGUGGUCUGCACUACAGAGUUUACACAAGGCUUGCGAAGUGGCCAGAAUGCAUAACUACUACCCAGGCAGCCUCUUUCUCACCUGGGUGAGUUACUAUGAGAGCCAUAUCAACUCAGACCAAUCCUCAGUCAAUGAAUGGAAUGCUAUGCAGGAUGUGCAGUCCCAUCGGCCCGACUCUCCAGCUCUCUUCACUGACAUACCAACUGAACGUGAGCGAACAGAAAGGCUAAUUAAAACCAAAUUAAGGGAGAUUAUGAUGCAGAAGGAUUUGGAAAACAUUACAUCUAAAGAGAUCCGAACAGAGUUGGAAAUGCAAAUGGUGUGCAACUUGAGAGAAUUUAAGGAAUUUAUAGACAAUGAAAUGAUAGUGAUCCUUGGUCAGAUGGAUAGCCCUACACAGAUCUUUGAGCAUGUGUUCUUGGGCUCAGAGUGGAAUGCCUCCAACUUGGAGGACUUACAGAACCGAGGAGUGCGGUAUAUCUUGAAUGUCACUCGAGAGAUAGAUAACUUCUUCCCAGGAGUCUUUGAGUAUCAUAACAUCCGGGUAUAUGAUGAAGAGGCAACAGAUCUCCUGGCUUACUGGAAUGAUACUUAUAAAUUCAUCUCUAAAGCAAAGAAACAUGGAUCUAAAUGCCUUGUGCACUGCAAGAUGGGGGUGAGUCGCUCAGCCUCCACUGUGAUUGCCUAUGCAAUGAAGGAAUAUGGCUGGAAUCUGGAUCGAGCCUAUGACUAUGUAAAGGAAAGGCGAACGGUGACCAAGCCCAACCCCAGCUUCAUGAGACAAUUGGAAGAAUACCAGGGGAUCUUGCUGGCAAGCAAACAGCGGCAUAACAAACUGUGGAGAUCUCAUUCAGAUAGCGACCUCUCAGACCACCAUGAACCUAUCUGCAAAUCUGGGCUAGAACUCAACAAGAAGGAUAUCACCACCUCAGCAGACCAAAUUGCUGAGGUGAAGACCACAGAGAGUCACCCCCCCUUACCUCCUGUCUUUGUGGAGCAUGUGGUCCCACAAGAUGCAAAUCAGAAAGGCCUAUGUACCAAAGAAAGAAUGAUCUGCUUGGAGUUUACUUCUAGGGAAUUUCAUGCUGGACAGAUUGAGGACGAAUUAAACUUAAAUGACAUCAAUGGAUGCUCGUCAGGGUGUUGUCUGAAUGAAUCAAAAUUCCCUCUUGACAACUGCCAUGCGUCCAAAGCCUUAAUCCAACCUGGACAUGCCCCGGAAAUGGCCAAUAAGUUCCCAGACUUAACAGUGGAAGAUCUAGAGACAGAUGCCCUGAAAGCAGACAUGAAUGUCCACUUACUGCCUAUGGAAGAAUUGACAUCUAGACUGAAAGAUCUCCCCAUGUCCCCUGACCCUGAGUCACCAAGCCCCCAACCCACUUGCCAGGCUGAAAUCUCAGAUUUCAGUACAGAUCGCAUUGAUUUUUUCAGUGCCCUAGAGAAGUUUGUGGAGCUCUCCCAAGAAACCCGGUCCCGAUCUUUUUCCCACUCAAGGAUAGAGGAACUGGGUGGAGGAAAGAGUGAGAGCUGUCGACUCUCAGUGGUAGAAGGAGCCCCUUCCAAAGUGACAGCUGAUGACCAGAAAAGCAGCUCUUUGAGUAAUACUCCUCAUGUGUCUGAAGAAUCAUCAAUGGAUGAGGAACAGUCAAAGGCAAUCUCAGAACUGGUCAGCCCAGACAUUUUCAUGCAAUCUCACUCAGAAAAUGCAAUUUCAGUCAAAGAAAUUGUCACUGAAAUUGAAUCCAUCAGUCAAGGAGUUGGGCAGAUUCAACUGAAAGACAUUCUAUCCAACCCAUGCCAGACACCAAAGAAGAACAUCAUCCAUGAGCUGCCCCUGGAGAGGGUCCAGGUCCCAGAGAACAAACCUAGACAUUUGGAACAGGAUGGGGGCUCCUGCACAGCCCAGCCUGAACUAGCCAAAGACUCAGGGAAGUGUGACCCAGAAGGCUACCUAACCACACACUCAGUCACAGCAGAUUUGGAAGAAGAGGAACCAGGCGAAGAAGAACAAGAGCUCCAGGGCCCAGGGAUGCACCCGGGUGCCAAGUGGUGCCCUGGGUCUGUGAGACGAGCCACCUUGGAGUUUGAAGAACGCUUACGGCAGGAGCAAGAGCAGCAUGCUGCUGCCCCCACAUGUACCUCAUUGUCCACGCGCAAGAAUUCCAAGAAUGAUUCUUCUGUGGCAGACCUAGCACCAAAAGGGAAAAAUGAUGAAGCCACCCCAGAACAUUCAUUUGUCCCCAAGGAACCAGAGAUGAGCAAGGGCAAAGGAAAAGGCAGUGGGUCUGAAGCUGGCUCACUAUCCCAUUCUGAGCAGAACAUGACUAUUCCAGCACACGAGCUACUAGAGUUUCACCCCAUGCCAGCUCAGGAGUGCCUAGGGUCAGAUUCUAGAACAAACCAGAAAGGAGCCCUGAAGGAUCAGAGAACUGUGGUUUCAUACCAGGGGUCUGAGACACAGGCAGUCCCUCUUGCCCUUCCCAAGAGGAUAGAAAUCAUUGAGUACACCCACACAGUUAGAUCAUCAGAUCACACUGGGCCGGGGGGAGAAAUCUCCACCAGCGAAAAGAGUGAAGAGCAAGGACUGAGGACAGUGAAAGUGGAGAAGUCCAUCACUGUGCUGUGUGCACUGGAUGAAAAUCUAAACAGGACUCUGGACCCCACCCAGAUUUCUGUGCACUCCCAUGUGCUACCUCUGCCUCAUUCUCCUGAGUACAGCAUGCCCACUGAUCACCUGGCCUCCACACUGAGCAGCAGCCCAUCAGCAGCCCUGGAGACAGGAGCACCUUUUGUUAGUUGCACAUCCCAUGUACCAUUUGCCAACUUGGAUUACCUGCAUCCCCAGACUGUGGUUCACCUGGAAGGCUUCACAGAGCAAAGCAGCACCACAGAUGAUCCCUCUACAGAGCAGGUUACCUGGGAGGAAAGUCAGGAAGGCCCCCCUAGUGGUAAUGAAGUGCAACAAAAUGGCAAAGACCUAAUUUUAAUUAGCAAACUUGGUGAGUUACAGGAAAAAGUGGGCCCGUCAUUUGUAGCUUGUCAACUCCCACAUAGCUCUAGUAGUGAAAAUAUAAAGAGUAGCCCUGGUGUGGUGAAAGAGCACACUAAAGAAAUCGAGUCCCAAGUGACUUUCCAGGCAGAGCUCACCAAACUAUCCCGAAUGAGGCGUUCAGCAUCUCUUGCCAAGUUAGGUUACUUGGACCUCUGUAAAGACUAUUUAUCAGACACGGAGCCUGUCUCCUCUGAAUCCCCUCAUCUCAAACUGCUUCAGCCCUUCCUCAGAACAGACUCAGGCAUGCACACUGUGGAAGCCCAAGAGCCCCUUGGAAACCCAGGUUCCCCCCAGAACCCAGAGCCCACCAAGUAUUUUGUAAAACAACUCAAAACAACAGAGUGUAUCGUUCAGAGCAAGCCAGUGGAGAGGCCCCUUGUGCAGUAUGCCAAAGAAUUUGGUUCCAUUCAGCAGUGUUUGCUUCCCAGGGUGGGACCUGAAUUGACUAGUUCUGAAGGAGGCCUUCCUCUGCUACAGACCCAGGGGCUGCAGUGUGCAAGCCCAGUGCCAAGGCUGGCUGUGGCACCCUGUCAACAACAUGGCAGAACUCACCCCCUUAGGAGACUGAAAAAAGCAAAUGAUAAAAAACGGACGACCAACCCCUUCUAUAAUACCAUGUGAUCCUGAGCCUACACAUGUGACUUUCUAAAAGAAAUGUUUGUAAAAGGGGCAGGUGUAAUAUGUAAGGAACAUGCACUUUAUUGGUUAAUUUUAUAAUAUUUUGGCAUUUUACUGUUUUUGGCGCAUGCAGGGUUUGGGUUUUUCAGUGUGUGUGUGUUAUAUGUAAGGAGAGAGAUUGAUUUGGAUGGCAAGACCAUUUUAUCAUUUUUUAUUUAAAAGAAUUCAAACCUCAAGAAAACCCUCAUUUUCAAAGAACACCUAUAUCAAAGGCAAAUUGCUGUUUUUCAAUCAACUGCCACCUGCUCCUCAUUUUGCCCUCUGAGCAAAAGCACGGUUGCUUCAUUGAAGGAAGGAAGCAGAAGGGGAGGGUAGAGAAGAAGUUGGAAAAUGCUCCCCUGUGUCUUUGUGAUGAUGGUUUGCUUUCCAGACCUGAGGCUUCAGAUGGGCCCAAGGGCAGCCGGAAGUCAGAAGUCUCUCAGCCACAGUCCUUUGAAGUUCCUAAAGUAGGCAGGCUCUGCUUUGCUUUUAAGGGGGCCAUCCAGAACCCAUUUCUUCUGGUAUUCAGAGUAUGUCAUGACAGAAAGGUAUGAUAAUGGUUGGCUUGGUAAAUUCAUCAAAUAGUUUUUUCCCCAAGAAAGUAAUUUUUGAAAUUAAAUUUUAAAAGAACCUCAAAUGAAAUCUGAAUGGCCUCCUGGAGAGGAAAGCAGGAUGAGAGGAUGAAGAUGUGAAUUGGGGAGUGUUGAGCUGCUGCCCAGGACCUGCUGGGCUGAUGGGGAUCCCCACCGGAGGGCAUCCUGGCCCUCCCUGCCAGAAAGUGCUCUGCAGUGUCCUCCCAACUAAAACACGGUAGUGACAAGUUUGAAAAGCAGCAAUCAAAAGUCAAUGUGUUCUGGUAAUAAAUACAUAUGUAGGGUUUUAACCCUUCCAUUACUUGAAUAAUUCUGUAGGCCUUCUGAGUUUAACGGCCAUAUUUGUUUUUCCUUCCCCAUGCUCUUUCCCUGUGCUGCCUUUUUUUUUUUUAUUUCAUAGAUAUAUUUGAAUUGUUACAUAUGUAUUAACCUCCAUUGAAUGCAACAUUUUCUUUUCUUUGUUAUCACUGUUAACACUUGACAUAAGUUUUUGUUUCCUUCCUUUUCCUGGAAGGUCAUUUCUCUAAAGUUUAUACACAGUAUUUAUGUACAUAAUGUCACUUGCUUUCUUACAGUGUUUUGUUGAUGUUGUAGGGUCUUUUUGAUUUAUUCUUUUUAAGAAGGAGUAGAGUUGCAACUGGAAAACACACAAAGACACCAGAAAUAAAACUGAUGGAUAUUGGUAGGAAUCUGUACAGUAUAUUGAUAGUGGUUUUGAUUGUUUAAAUGGAGAUUUCUAAUCACCAGCUCCUGCCAAAUUAUGCAUUAGUAACUUCUUCCUCAGAGAAACCCGUAAAGGCUCCUAUUAGGUCACAGUGUGACUGAGGCUUAUUUCUCUUUGAGACUGAAAUCCCAGAACAUUAUUUUCCAGUAGCCUUCCACAGCCAGGAAGUUUAUAUGAGUUUCCCAGAGUAGAACCUCCCUUUUGGGGCUCAGCCAAGGGCAAGUACCUGCAAUGACUCCAUUUAGGAUGCUGUUGGUUUGCUGCUGUUAUGGAGAUCUUAACACAGGAGCACCUGCCAUAAACAAGCCUCUUUUAGCUUCUUCUAGAAAACAUACUUGGCCUGGAAUGAAACAUCUCUACAGCUCAUUAAAACUGAAGAGGUUUGCAGAUUUGCUUCCUGUUCGCUUUGUUUAAUGUCCUCAUUGCUGUGCAUUGACUGAGUACAGUCUUGAGAUUUAAGUUUUUCAUUGAUUACAACACUGAGAGAGAAAGACAGAUGCACAGACUGUCAAGGUGAUAUCAGAGGCCAGAGUUUGGUGUAGGCAGAUAACCCAAAGGGUGUUGUAAAGGUAAACUAGGGCCAUUGGCCAGGUGCUCAGGAGAAGCUGUGAAUCCACUUUCUGUGUGGAAGCCGUGGUUGGUCUGUUACCACUGCCAGGAGGCAGUUUGAACAGAAACUACCUGCUGAAAGUGUCUUUAUGGUCUAGUAACUACAUGUGCCUGUGCUGUUGCUCAGUAGUUUCCUUAAAUGUUUUGUGUCAUCCAUACAGUUUUGUGAUUCCAGGAUAUUUUGUGUUGUAAAGUGUUUUGCUAGGUGUCAUGAACCUGUGUGAGGACGCUUGCAAGAUGGGGAUGUAAAUUUCCAGGACUUACCCAUCUAAACUACCCUGUCUGGUUGAGGCACUUCCACCGACAUUGGAUUGGAAAGGAAUGGAAAUUGUGGAGUGGAGAGAGGAGGAUCUGCAUGGACGUUAAGAGAGUGGUGUCCACUCAUGAUGACCCCUUGCACUGUCCACUGUUCUCCCACCACUGUGACUAAUGCUCACUAACUACAUUAAAUAACAAAGAGGUGAGGAACCCCACUUACGCUGUGAAAAAAAUUUUUUUAAAUUUUUUUUUUAAGAGUGAAGGAAACAGUCUUGCUCUAUCUUUAUUUUUCAUUAUGUUUUUUAUUGUUUAAUUAUCUACCUAAAUAAACAUUUUCUACACACAGUCUGUAAUGCCAGGGGGGUUUGUUAGCCCUGUCAAACUCCCAGAAUUGGGUGUUGUUAUUUACAUGGCUGAGCAAUGUCCAUAAUGAACUGUAGAGAAUAUUUCAGGCUUUCUUCUCUUUAAACUUUUUGAUAAAUCUCCAGUGGCCAGUUUCCCUCUUCUGUUCCUGGGAAGCCCAGACCUAAAACAGCCGUUUGGUAGAUUGACAGAGAUGAGUAGAAAAAACUUUGACCUUUUGCUCAGUCAGUACACCUUUUUACAUUUUCUUUAUUUUUUUUUUUUUAAACUACCAUAGUCUCGGAGGCGUAUACGGGUAUAGGCAAAAGCAAGUGCACAUACAUAAGAGUCUAACUUUUUGGUGCAUGGGAUAAACGCCCUAGGCGCAUAUAGGAUUUGGGCUAUAAUUUGGAUGGUUACCUGAUCAGUGGAGAGAAACUCCAACCCUUCCUUGAUUUUUGGAAACACUUAGAAGUAGUGUACACUAUAGAAGACAUGAAGUGUGGUGAUGUCCAUCUCUCCCCAUUUUGGUUGCCUUUCAGAUUCUGUGUAUUUGGGAUAUUUCCUAACAUAGCUCCUUCAGGUUCUUUAUUUUCCUGGUUCUGGGUCUUUAUCCAACUUGUAUUUCCUCUUUCCCAUUUUGCCUGAGGAUGACAGCCCAGGCUCUGAAGUCCCUUCUUGCCCAUGGGCCCCAGACAGAGGCUGUUGGUUAGGCCUGAAGGUUCCUCUAAGAAGCUUCUGAGAUGUGGCAGCUCACAGAAAUCACCUUUUUCAUCUGGGGAUUUCAGUUCUUAAGUGAUCUAGGCAUGUUUGGUAAAAAUGUUUUUGUGGGAGUCUUUUUUUCUUUUAAGGAAAGCAUUAUGCAGAAAAUCACUUUCAAGGGCAUUUUAAAUUUUUUAAAUAAAGCCAUUCUUUAUGGCUAUUUGUGGAUACUUUGUUUACAUUGUAUUAAAAUGUGCAUCAGCUUGUUGGCCAUUCAGUCCCCAGGCCCUAGCUGCCCUGUGAGUCCUUACUCAGAGCAGUGCUGUAAUGGUCAGCCCUUGUGGGUAAGUGGGUAAAUUUAUGGAGCUGACUUCCAUCUGUGUCCUGCACUCCCAUUCAGCGCUCUUUAUGGAAAUAGCUGUCAUUUCCUCAGUGAUAGUGUGUCUUAUAGUGAUGGUUGUAAUGGUGAAUGGCUAGUGUCAUUUUUGUUUAAUUUAGCUUUGCUUUUUAAUGGUAGACAAGAUGAAAUUUUCACUGUUUUAGCACCAAUCCACCUUAAAAGCACCUUGGGCUUUGUUUUCCCCUCCAGUCUAAAAGAUCAAUGCGCGUUUUAGACAUAAGCAUAUUUCCUGCCUCAAUUCAUCCAAUACCUAAAUACUAUGUAUUAGGAAAAGGCCUGCCACCAAAGCAGGAAGCUGCAUACUCCUAACCCUUCUUCUAGGGUUUGGGAGUCCCUUGACACCAUGGAGAGCUAUUGCAAGGUGCUUCUAUACUUUUCCAGCCUGGAAGUGGAGGGUGACUGGCCCUGACUCCUGCUAUGAAAAGAGAACCAGCCUCAUUUUCUCACUGCCCCAGAGAUCUAGGACGGAAUUUCUAAACUGGAAUCAUCCCUCAUCAGCUUGAAGAUCCCCCAAGAGGUGUAUGAUUGGUGCUGCCCUCUGUGUCCACAUAGUGAUGCUGGUCACAGCAUCCUGUGUACACAUGCAGAGCCAUUACCCAGGGCUUGACGAGCUGAUGACCCAAACUGGAAACUGGGUAAUGCCUUGAAGUGUUUCCAAUCAAUAAGCCCACAGGGAAUUGUUUGGUUUUUAUGUUUUGUUGGAUUUUGGUUUGUUUGGCAUAGCUAAAGGUGCCUUUUUUUUUUUCCUCUCUUUCUAUUUUGUAGGACUUGUAAACAUGGAACACAAGUCCAGAAGACUCUCCUUCUGACUGUUACCUUUGCCCAAAACCACCCAAACUUUUAUGUUCACAUUUUGUUAAAUAAAGCAGGUGCUCCCUGGAAUCUCUGGGACCUUUUUGAGGCAUUUGAAGCAGAAUAUAAAGAGUGGUCUCAUUUCCUUCCUUAAUCUUCCUGGUGGUUGGGAUGUUCCACUUGUAUCAUAGUUUUUUUAUUACUGAUGUGCUCCGCUGUUUUUAAAUGUGAACUUGUGCGCAAAUGUGCAGAUUCAAUGUUCUUGUUACAAACUGAAUAAAUUUUUAUUUUGAAGAUGAAA